UCNCUCGGAGAUCGAUCUCAAGAGCUCCGAGUUGUGAAAGGGCUUGCAGCAUAUAAUCUUAGAGAGUUUCGAGAUGGCCUUCGGGGUGUCGGAUGAGCUGCUGGGCACUUUCGUGCCGAUUGCCGUCUACUGGAUGUAUUCAGGGAUGUAUGCGUUGCUGGACGGUCUGGAGGAGUAUCGGUUGCAUCCGAAGGGCGAAGAGAGUGUGAAGAACAUUGUCUCCAAGACGACAGUUGUCAAGGGUGUUCUUGUUCAGCAGGCGUUUCAAAUCGCCGUUUCCCUUCUUUUGUUCGCUUUCAUCGGCGACGACACCGCGACCGUCCGGACUCAGCCUUCGUCGCUCGUCGUGGUGAUACAGUUUGUUGUUGCAAUGUUCGUGAUGGACACGUGGCAGUACUUCAUGCACAGAUAUAUGCACAUAAACAAAUUCCUAUACAAGCACAUCCAUUCGAAGCACCACACUCUCGUAGUGCCCUACGCCUUUGGAGCCCUUUACAAUCACCCGCUCGAGGGGCUCAUUUUAGAUACAAUCGGCGGUGCUCUUUCUUUCCUCAUCUCCGGAAUGACUCCUCGGACCGCCAUCUUCUUCUUCUCGUUCGCUACAAUCAAGACCGUGGAUGAUCACUGCGGGCUGUGGCUUCCCGGAAAUGUUCUGCAUGUUCUUUUCCAAAAUAAUAGCGCUUACCAUGACAUUCACCACCAACUCUAUGGCAACAAGUACAACUUCUCGCAGCCGUUCUUCGUUAUGUGGGACAAGAUUCUUGGCACGCACAUGCCGUAUUCGCUCGAGAAUAGAAAGGAAGGGGGGCUCGAGGCGCGGCCAAUCAAGAUGAAGGAUUGACUGUGCCUAUCUUCUUCCAUUUCUUAACUACAGGUUAUAGGAAUGUCUUUUCUGAAGUUUCUGAAAUUAGUAUCAGAAUAAUGCAAGAAUCAGUACUUAUGUGACCUUGUACAAAAAUUCAAAGUUCUGAAUAAUGAAUGUAUAUCAGGAAACUAUUCAGUUUGCUGUGUGUAAGAUGUUCAUGUCCCUAAAUCUUGUAAGAAUUUUGCGGUAUUUAUAUGCUGUCGAGAAUGUGAGGAUCACCAUGUCUAUCUCCAAAAUGGUUGCAAAAGAAACAUAUAAUGUGCAACAAA